AUACUCUUGAAGAUAUUAUUUCGCCAUAAGACGUUCAUAGUCCGAGUGUUAACGUAUUCUCUUAUUGUUAUAUAUUUUUCCUAUUUCGUCAUUGGAGUAUUGUGAGUCGUAUAAACAGUAGUUUAUUAUAGACACGCGCGGUCAAGGUGUCAAGUCACCAAUAUUUCUGUAUGCUCCUUAUAAUAUUUCCCAGUUCGUAUUAUGUUUUAUUACGUUCAUAAAGUCUAGUACAAUUUCUUGAGCAUUCACAAUGCAUAAAUAAUAACUAUCUCAAAACCGUGUCGUUCGAAAAAUACAUUUAGUUUUGACAUUAAAUACUAUUGAUUUUUAUCUAUAAUUUUUUCCACAUGUGUCGAGAACGUUUAGUGAAUAUGUUGUGUUUUUCGCAUUACGUUUUUGUGUCGUGUCUAGUGGUAAUGUACCGCAGUUAUGGAGCAUUAGCAACGAACACAAGUCCUCACAUUAUCUUCGUAUUGGCCGAUGACUUAGGUUGGAAUGAUGUCAGUUUUCAUGGUUCGGACCAAAUAAUCACUCCCAAUAUUGAUGCUUUGGCUUACGACGGAAUAAUAUUAAAUAACCAUUACAGUGAAUCGCUCUGUACGCCGUCUCGUUCAGCAUUGCUCACCGGAAAAUAUCCUAUUCAUACAGGGACUCAACAUAAUGUGAUUUUAGAGCCGGAACCUUGGGGAUUACCGCUAAAUGAAACAUUGCUUCCUGAGUACUUAAAUAAAUUAGGUUAUGUAUCUCACGCAGUAGGAAAAUGGCAUUUGGGAUAUUUCAAAAAAUUGUAUACACCAACCUAUCGCGGUUUUAAAAGCUUUUAUGGAUUUUGGAAUGGCUAUCAAGAUUAUUAUUCACAUAUGGUCCAAGCUACAUUUGCUUCUUAUGAAGGUUUUGAUAUGAGACGUAAUUUAAAUCCUGAUUGGUCAAGUUAUGGCAAAUAUUCCACUCAUAUAUUUACCGAGGAAGCAACUGAUAUCAUAUUGAAACACAAUAAUUCGGUGCCCUUAUUUUUGUACCUUGCCCACCUAGCUCCUCAUGCAGGAACUUAUGAAAAUCCGUUACAAGCACCUCAAGAAGACAUUAAUAAGUUUAAGUCAAUUACAGACAAGAACCGUCAAAAAUAUGCUGGAAUGAUAAAAAAUUUAGACGAUUCAGUAGCAGAAAUUUUUAAGGCAUUACAUAUCAAUAAUAUGCUGAAUAAUACAAUUUUUGUGUUUAUAUCCGACAAUGGUGCACCUACUAAUGGUAUUCAUAAAAACCAUGGUUCUAAUUGGCCUUUAAAAGGAGAAAAAGCUACUCCCUGGGAAGGAGGUAUUCGGACAGCAGCAUUCGUGUGGAGUAAAUUACUACCGAAAAGAAAAAAUAUUCCAGAUCAGUUAAUGCAUAUUUCCGAUUGGUUACCAACAUUAUACCAAGCAGCAGGUGGAAAUGUUGAUGAUCUUGGUACUAUUGAUGGCAUUAGUAUGUGGAAAUCAUUUUUAAAAAACAAAGAAUCUCCCAGAAAACAAGUAUUACACAAUAUAGAUGACUUAACUGGUUAUGCCGCAAUCAGAGAUACACAUUUUAAGUACGUUAAUGGGAGUACAUUCUUGGGUUAUCUCGAUUACUGGUCAGGAUUAUUACCACCAAGUGUACCUCGGUAUGAUGUGGAUGCUGUAUUGAAUAGUACUGCUGCUAAAAUACUAUCUCAACUAAAUGACGAUAGAUUAACAUCAAGUUUAAUCAUGUCACUUCGUAAUAAUUCGACAGUGAAGUGUAAUUUUGAUAAAAAUACGAUACCAUGCGAAUCAUUCAAGAAACCAUGUUUAUUUCACAUUGUGAAAGAUCCUUGUGAACAGGUCAAUUUGAAUUACAAACCAAGCAGUAAAAUGAAACAAUUUGUAGAAAUUAAAAUAGAGUACUUCGAAAGGUUGUUAAAAAAAUUCAAAGAAUCUGCAUCAAAACCAUUGAAUAAGAGGGGUACCAAAGAUGCAAAUCCUUCUUUAUUUAACAACACUUGGACUAACUGGGAAGAUUACAUCAGUGCUUGAGUUACUUGACUAAAUAUGUUUAUACUUAAAUUAGAUUUAAAUUUCUCAAAGUAAAAGUAUCAUAAUCAUUAAUUUAUUCU